AUGGUUUUGGCCUGUCAACUGGACAGCGAACGCAACCUUUUCAGCGAUUUGGCUAGAAUUCAACUUAUUCUCUCCCGGAAGCCAUUACCACGCAUUGGAUCAUUGACAAUCAACAAUGAGUGCAUCCUGGAUAUCAAUAACAGGCUGUUAAUGUUGGAAAUCUGCCACCUUGAAAACGAGAACAUCCCCAUCGAUAUACAGCGUAAAACCUCGUAUUCAACUGUUGACACUUACAUCCAUGAUCUUCUAUCGGUCCAUGAUAACCGACUACGCUACCAACCAAAUGGCGCCUCGAGUAUGAAAGAUUGCAUUAAGCCAGAUGUGUGCAUUGACAACGAUGAGAACCCAACUUCUUUGUUGAUGAUGAUAACUAGCAUAUCACGAAACUUAUUGACCCUAGAAUGGGCUUGCGUUCGUCCUAUUGAAAUGCAACACCCCCCAUACUGGUUGACAAGUCAGGCAGUAUAUAGGAUCGACGAAACGCAGUACAAUAAGAUGUGCACUGAAUACAUAGAUAUUUUCGAGCAGGUGGAGAAAGCUAUGUUGGGCCGGGAUGGGAGGAGCAUCGCAAUCGUCGGAUGUGACUUUUCUUAUGCGGAGCUUUUGAAAAGAUUGUGGGAGAAAGGGACAUUCUGGUAUUGCUUUGCGUUGGACAGCUUGACUGGACUCCAUCACAUCUUCUACCACCGCGUCUGA